CCAUAACUGCCUUCCAUCUCACCACCUGCAAGCUAAAAAAUCCAGCGGAGCGGGAGCAGGAGAUCCACAUCGCAUUGUUGCCCAGAUCCCACCGGUGCAGAGGAGGAUGGCGGAGAUGUUCACCGUGAAGGUGGGGGAGGCGACGCCGGCCGCCGGCGGCAGGCCGGCGGCCGGGCCCGUCUACCGGAGCGUGUACGCCAAGGACGGCCUCAUGGAGCUGCCGCCGGACGUCCAGUCCCCCUGGGACUUCUUCAGUGGAGCAGUCAAGAAGUACCCCAAGAACAGGAUGCUCGGCCAGCGUCAAGUCACAGAUGGCAAGGCCGGUGAGUAUGUGUGGCAAACGUAUGAGGAAGUGUACCAGAAGGUCAUGAGGAUUGGAACAGCAAUCAGAAGCCUCGAUGUGAACCCGGGGGCUCACUGUGGCAUAUAUGGUUCCAACUGUCCAGAAUGGGUUAUGGCCAUGCAGGCAUGCAACAGUCAAGGAAUAUGUUAUGUCCCACUGUAUGACACCCUCGGAGCAAAUGCUGUUGAAUUCAUCAUGGACCAUGCUGAGAUAUCCAUUGCUUUUGUCCAGGAGAGCAAGAUCAAAUCAAUACUAGCCGUAGUCCCUAAGUGCACAGCACACCUUAGAGCGAUUGUUAGUUUUGGAUAUUUUACAACUGAGAUGAAAAAGGAAGCUGAGAAAUUUGGUGUAUCUUGCUUUUCUUGGGAAGAAUUUUCUUCAAUGGAAAAACAAAACUACGAAUAUCCCAAGAAACAAAAGGAUGAUAUUUGUACAAUCAUGUAUACCAGUGGAACAACUGGAGAUCCCAAAGGUGUGAUAAUCACAAACAGGGCUAUCAUUGCUGGUGUCAUGACCACGGAACACCUACUCAAAGAGACAGAUAAAGUGAUCACUGAAGAGGAUUCGUAUUUCUCCUACCUUCCAUUAGCACACAUAUUUGAUCAAGUAAUUGAGAACUACUGUAUCUCUAAAGGAGCUUCCAUUGGAUUCUGGCAAGGGGACAUUAGGUAUCUGAUGGAGGAUGUGCAAGUGAUGAAACCGACAAUAUUUUGUGGUGUUCCUCGUGUUUAUGAUCGUAUAUACACAGGUAUAAAUCUGAAAAUUCAGUCUGGAGGGAUGUUGGCCAAACACCUUUUUCAGUAUGCCUACAACUACAAACUUGCCAAUAUGAGGAAAGGGCUGAAGCAGCAUGAAGCAUCACCAUUUUUCGACAAGAUAGUUUUCAGCAAAAUAAAGGAGGGGCUUGGAGGACGUAUCCGUCUCAUGAUAGCAGGGGCAGCACCUUUGCCAGGGCAAAUCGAAGAGUUCAUGCGGGUAACCAGCUGCAGCGUCUUUGUACAAGGAUAUGGGCUCACUGAGAGUUGUGCGGGAUGCUUCACAUCAAUCGCCAAUGUUUUCUCAAUGAUUGGAACAGUUGGCCCUCCUGUAACGACGAUCGAAGCGCGACUAGAGUCUGUCCCUGAAAUGGGCUAUGAUGCUCUGUCAGAAACGCCCCGGGGUGAGAUCUGCUUGAGGGGUCAUACCUUGUUCUCUGGGUACUACAAGCGCCCUAGCCUCACUGAAGAAGUGUUCUCAGAUGGCUGGUUCCAUACAGGUGAUAUUGGAGAGUGGCAACCCAAUGGCGCGAUGAAGAUCAUUGACAGGAAGAAGAACAUCUUCAAGUUAUCCCAGGGAGAGUAUGUAGCAGUUGAGGUCGUGGAAAGUGCAUACAUGCAGUCCCCUCUUGUGGCUUCGGUUUGGGUAUAUGGGAACAGCUUUGAGUCAUUUCUUGUUGCUGUGGUUGUCCCUGAGAGGCAAGCUCUUGAGGAAUGGGUAGCAACCAACAAGAAGGCUGGUGAUUUUGCAGAGCUGUGUAAUGAUCCAAAAGCAAGGGGUUACAUUCAGGAUGAGCUGAACAAAACUGGCAAGAAACUCGGGUUGAGAGGCUUUGAGAUGCUGAAGGCAGUUCACCUGGAGCCGGUACCAUUCAGCAUAGAGAAGGAUCUGAUCACUCCAACUUUUAAGCUUAAGAGACCCCAGCUGCUCAAAUAUUACAAGAAAUGCAUUGAUCAGAUGUACAAGGAUGCCAAGGACGGGAGAACUGCACUGUGACAGUAUUUAUUACCAACAGUGGCAAUAUAUACUACCAACAGUGGCAAUGGCCCUGGCGGUACAUUGUGAUUUCUUCAGAAGUGUGUACAUUCUAAUAAUCAGGAUUUUUGAGUUGAAGGCAUCUGGGCUCGGUCUUAUGCCAAGAUGCAAGGGGUCAUGAAGCUGGUGAUAGGUCAUAUGGAUAAAUUUACAUCAUUCCCUCGAGACCUUUUUUUAAGAAAAAGGGCAAGUCUCCGGCCUCUGUCAGUUGAAAGGAACCAGUUUGGCGUUGUAUGGAAUUUGAAAUAUUAUUAAUAACAUGAGGUGCCUUUCAUGUAAAUUCAGUUAACAUAUAUAGAAUGAGAAAUACCUGUAAGAUCUGUCAGGAAAGUGGUUAGCCUCCAGGCAUCCACGGUUGCACGUUUAUAUAGCAAGGAAAAGCCCAUAGCGUGGCAUUGUACAAGAUAGAGUUUGUUACAAAUAAAACUUGAGUUACAAGAUGUAAA